CUUUCUUUCUUUCUCUCUCUCUACUUUCUCUCUCUUUCCUUGUGUUGUCUGCUUUCGUAAUCCCUCUUCCCUUCUUUGCUUCCCCGUAGCAGAGAAGAGAAGAGAAGAGACAAUCUCUGACAUUCAUGACAAAGAGACAAACACAAUCGAACAAUUAUAUAUGUAUAUGUGUAUAUAUAUUUGCUAAUUUUGAAAUCGGUUGUUGUUUGAUUUGUUGAGAAGAAAGAAAUUAGAGGGGGGAAAGAGAUGUUGGUCGGAAAUAGUUUUGAUUUAUGGCAAAAGGACACCUUCUUUCCCGCUGCCGAGGAGGUUCAGCAAUCCGCCGAUAUAAUGGAAUCGGCUUAUAGGACAUGGCUCAGAGCGAGGAAAGAAGGUUCGAUGCCUCUGCAUUUAGAUGAACUUGGCAGAGAGCUUCAAAUGGCUUUAGGCACUGCAAAAUGGCAGUUGGAAGAGUUCGAAAAGGCUGUUCGUUUAAGCUACAGAAAUAGCGGUGAUGACAUCACAAUCACCCGACAUAGGCAAUUCCUUUCUGUUAUAGAAGACCAAAUCUCCCGUGUCGAAAUUGCAUUGAAGGAAGCACUGGAUGUGGAAGGAAAGAAACCAUUUCGGUGGGUAAACUUGGAUGAAGAAGAAUGUGAUGACCUGGCUCUUUUUCUUUCGGGGGCCCCACAAAGGAGGAUCAAAGACGAAGAUAUAAUAAAGAUGGGAGCAGCAGCAGCAGAAACUAGUUCUCGCAUUUUCGGUUCUGAUGUUAGUCCCAAAGUGAAAACGCAAAAUCUGUCGGAAAGUAGUAAGGAGAUCAACUGCUAUAUAGAGCUACAAGAGAAAAAAAAUCCCGAAAUUAGCUGUGAAGAAAGGGUUGCUCUCGAAAUUGUUGUUGAUAAUGAUAAUAGACAGAGUAAUGCAUUGGUUGAAGUAACUCCAAAAGAGAAGGGUUUCAGACCUUUCUUUUGGAGGUCGAGGGGCGGAAACUGUACUCAUAUGAGAUUGAUAAAUUGGAUGAAUCGGCAUUUGGGAGGAGGUUAUAGAAGUCAAAGACAACAGCAUGUGUCGCAAGUGAUGCCGAUCAAAUCUAUACGUUUCAUAUUAGUGUUGAUGCUAACCGUUUUUUUAGUUGUGCCUUUUCUGGUCUACUCGACUUGAGCCAUGUUAAAGCCAUUUGAUUAGUCAAAACAGAAGUUCGUAAACGGGAGGGGCUUCUUCAAUUCAAAUGUGGAUAUAUUAUUUCUAUUUGAAUGACCUCUCUACGUGCUCGUAAAGCUAAUUUCCGUUAUCAAAAAAUAAAUUCACAAAUUCAUUAAGCUAGAUUCAUCGAAAUACACUUUCAAGAAUAUCGACUGCGUAGAAUGUAGAAGUAAUUUAUAAAGAAAAGAAGCUGAAAAAGGUGUUGUGUACUCGUUAUCGUUAGCAUUCUCAUUCGAGAUGUGUAUGUAUGUAAAAUGUGUUCUCUCUUCAUAGAUCUCAUAGCAAGAUUAGAGUUGGUAUAUUUAUUUACGAGUACUCAAUUAAGAUAAUGAUUUAUUUUAAUAUGUAAAUAAUAUAUAUAAUUAUUAUUUUAGUGUAUUUUUUUUUU